AGUUCAUAACCGCAAUCAUUACUGCUCCCUCAUGUCUCCCAGCACAGCCCUGUAAAAACGGAGCUGUGUAAUGCAUCAGAGUGGUCGACUUACUGAAGACAUCCACAAACGGCAGAUACUACUCAGACACACUAUGGACAGAAAAUGCCUGACCAUGAAAGAUUGUGCUAACAUCUCAUCCUGCAAUCCCGUGAAAGUGAUAUCAGAAAUGAGCCUGAAAAUGGAGGACCAGAAACCUUUUUACAUUGUUGAUUCUUCCUUAGAUGAAGAGGGUUGUGAAACACCACCUGGCAACUUACAAGGCAAAUCACUUUCAGACGAGGUUACGCCUUGCGCUCCUGAUCCCAAAGACAGUGCAAAAGAUCUAAAGAAAGACUGGGUUCCUUCCCACCAGACUCUGGAAGUGCAAGUGGGGGAUACUGGUAAGAUCCAUGCUGGGGGUGACUCUUUUUCGGAGCGCAUUGAGGAUGCAUCUAUCCGCCGCCAGGCUCAUGAUGGGUGGUCCAUUAAUGUCCACGAGACAAGCGGUGGGGCAGGGAAUGGGUCUUGCCCCGUCACUGAAGUUGUCACGGGGAGAGGGCUUGAAAAGGUGAUCAGCACCCAGUGUAAAGGUUCAGCGCAGAGCCAGGAGAGAGAAGAUGGGGCUGGCACUGAGAACACCAACUGCCCUCGUGGUUGUCGAAUCUGCUGCUGGGGGUUCGGCUAUGGCCUCCUCUCCUUGGCGCUGGUGGUCUUUUCACCAUUGGUGAUGAUUGGGUAUUGUUUGUAUGAAGGGUGCCGUUGGCUGUAUAAAUGUAAGGAGUCUUGUCCCAAGUAAGCUGUAAUAUACUUCACCAUUCACUCCUCGGAGAAUCCCAAAGGUCGGCAAGUCUUGUUGACCUCUUCAGUCGUAACCGAGAAAUAUUGAACACUGAACCUAAAUCCUCCAGAUCCACGUGAGAUUAGAGGUUAGGGCUUAGAUAUACAGUGAGGGAACGGGCCCUUCGGCUCGCCAAGUCCACGCACAAAGGCAGUGGUGGGAUUUGAAUCCACGCCUCUGCUGAGACAAGACCCUUUAUUUAUAGGUAGACAAAAAUGCUGGAGAAACUUAGCGGGUGAGGCAGCAUCU